CGGCAGGCGCGCGCACCGGCGGUGCUCACAGGUGGGCGACUCCGCCCGGCACGCCCGAGCCCGCCGUGCGGGAUCGAGGGCUCAGCCGCGCCCAGGGGAGCCGGUCCUCCUCCGGGUCCCCGCCUCUGUCGGGAGGGCAGGUAACUUCCCCGCCAAGGUCAUUCUCCAGGCCCGCCCACGCCCUCGGAGCGGCGGGUUCGGAGUGGGCUGGACGGACGACCUCGGGGCUGCUGGGGCUCCUGGCAUCCCCGGGCCGGUGGGUGGUUGCAGCGCCAGGGCGUCGCUGCCUGCACCUGCGAGGGCGUUGGCGUUAAUGAAAAGCGAGGAUGUGUUUACAGGAUGUGAGUUGAGUUCUUGCCACCUUUACCGUCCCAGAGCUUCUUAUGCCUCAUGGUGACAGGUACAAAUCAGUAUACUAAAGGACAAUAUGAAGCCAGUCAAAAAAAAGAAAACCGAGGAACCCGAAUUGGAGCCCCUGUGCUGUUGCGAAUACAUAGAUCGAAAUGGGGAAAAGAACCACGUGGCUGCCUGUUUGUGUGAUUGUCAAGACCUAGAUGAAGGCUGUGACAGAUGGCUUACCUGUCAAUCACUUCGGCCGGAGACUUGCGAAAGAAUCACGGAUACAAUUUCUGAUCGCCUCCGAAUUCCUUGGCUCAGAGGAGCCAAAAAAGUUAAUAUUAGCAUCGUCCCUCCACUUGUGCUUUUGCCGGUUUUCCUUCACGUGGCUUCCUGGCACUUCCUGCUGGGGGUGGUGGUUCUGACCUCCCUUCCCAUGCUGGCACUCUGGUAUUACUACCUCACUCACAGAAGGAAAGAACAGACUCUGUUUUUCCUGAGCCUUGGGCUGUUCUCACUGGGCUACAUGUACUAUGUGUUCCUGCGGGAAGUGGUCCCCCAGGGGCGCGUGGGGCCCACUCAGCUGGCCCUCCUCACCUGUGGGUUACUUCUGAUACUCUUAGCCUUGUACCGAGCCAAGAAGAAUCCAGGCUACCUCAGCAACCCAGCAUGCAAUGACAAAUCCCUAAGCAACAGCCAAAUCGAAUGCCCGGUCAAAAACGGGCAGGAGAAGACCAAAGGGUUCCCCGGCACAGACGCCUCGGGGAGCCUCAACAACCGCACACUGAAGGACGAUGUUAGGGCUUCCUCCAGGGUGGGGCUUGAUAGCCCUGCCAAAGUGAAGGAAGACUGGUGUGCCAAGUGCCAGCUAGUACGACCCGCCCGGGCAUGGCACUGCCGGAUAUGUGGUAUCUGUGUAAGGAGAAUGGAUCAUCACUGUGUCUGGAUAAAUAGCUGCGUCGGAGAAUCAAACCAUCAAGCAUUUAUACUUGCCCUUUCCGUCUUCUUGCUCACUUCGGUUUACGGAAUAUCGCUGACCUUGAACACCAUUUGUAGGGACAGAAGCCUCUUCACAGCCCUCUUCUACUGUCCUGGAGUUUACGCUAAUUACAGCUCAGCCCUAUCCUUCACCUGUGUGUGGUACUCUGUGAUCAUCACAGCCGGCAUGGCCUACAUCUUCCUUAUCCAGCUGAUAAACAUCAGCUACAACGUAACUGAGAGGGAAGUGCAGCAGGCCCUUCGCCAGAAGACCGGGCGCCGGCUCCUCUGUGGGCUCAUCGUGGACACAGGCCAGUACAACAGGGGCUUCCUGCGCAACUGGCUCCAGUUCUCCACCCUGGGCACACACACAGUCCACAACCCCGCUGAGGACAUCGUCUGAAGUGCCUUCUGCGCAGCUCUGCAGAACAUUCCUGUCCUUUCCAUUUCACACAUCAGUCAGUGUCCAUGCAGGAUUCAUUUCCACUGCCCACUUCUCAGAGGGACUGGAGGGCUAUGCUCAGGUUUGGCGAGAGGACUGGAGAAAGGGUCAUAUUUCUUCUGCCUUUAUAACUUACGGGGGUUUAGUCUUGAAGCCGCGAGACAGAGCCAUUCCUUCCUGUCCCCUUGCUGACUCAGGCACCAGAUGCUGCACAGAGGCUGUGGAUCACUCAAACCUUUCAUAUAAGGACGGACGUUAGUUAGAACUCGGGGCGUUCCUUGCCCUCCUUUCAAUUCUUAAUAGCCAUAUGACCCCUCGGUAGAGUCACUUUUCCCGAGUCUCAGGUUCAUCUGUAUGGGGGCUUCUGCUGCUUGGCCACCUCACGGAGCAGCCAUGAUGGCUACCUGAGGAAGGAUGUGGAAGCACUCCAGCCCAGUCAAGCACUCAGAGGAAUCAGGCAUCAGGAAAUCCCUGAGACCGAAGCAGACUGCCUGUCGGUCAGAACAUUGACGCCGAUACUAUUAAGACAAUCAGUUUGUACAGUUAUGGAAAUUCUCCGUGUUAAGACUUUGUUCUCACAGGUUAGCAAUGACAAGAGGGUCAAGAGAGGUCAUCUUGUCUUGAGAAGGACAGCUGAUGAAGAUGAUGAUUGUGUGUGCAGUAUGUAAUGGGCAGAAAUUUAGGUGACAAAUAUAUUUAUUUGUUAAUGUAUCAUCUUAUAUUUAUUAUAAUUCUAACAGGUUUUCCCCUCCUUCCAUGUUUUACCUGGGUGAGGCACUAGCACACUGGUAGUGGUGGCUGGAAGGUGAGGCGACUGUCCUCUGAGAACAUUGUCCCUUUUCUGUGGCUGUGAAGGCUGGUUAAUAUCAAGGGCUUGAUUUUUUUAUUAUUGUCCGUGUAUUUCCAGUGCUGUAGGUUUACGGCACUGAAUGGGAAUAUCAGCCUGGCAUGAACUCUGUCCGCGGUUACUGACACCUUCCCACAUCCACAUGGCUACUCACUCAUCCUCCUUAUGAACACGCAUCUCACUAGGAGAGAACACGGUACACGCGCCUCCCAGCACUGAACAGAACACUGCCUUCCAGCUCAUCCCCAGCACUAAGAUGAUUCCUUUGUGUCUCAGAACUGAAACUUGGAGAAGUCUGCAGAUUGGGCAAAACCAUAGAAAUAGGAGAGCUGUAUGAGGAAAACUCCAUCUUGAAGGCAUUCGUCUUUUACACAUGUACUGUUCCGGGAUCCCAAAGAUCAAAGAUAAUCUGUGAGACCUUAAAUUUGCCUUGGCCUUGUUGCUUCAUAGAGGGGAAACAGUACUUUGUGGGGUUUUUUUGUUGUUGGUUGCUGUUGUGCCUGCUUGUACACACUGAGGAAAUACUACCUCUUGAGUUAGUCUGCCCUUUGCGCCAAGCACCACCUGAGACUUGCCAUUAACCAGGGCUCUCCUGAAGACAUGUACCACAUUUUCAUUCAGGCUUGUCAUUGCUCUCCCCAGAGAUCUAUUGUUUAAUAAAUAAUAGACUCCAUGUUCCACUGGGUAAGCCAGAGCAAGCCUGGGGAUGUUUGCUGCCUGCGGUUUUUAUGGCAAUGCCUAUCCCUGGUCCAGAGUCAAACAUUCACUUAUUAAAGUUGGCUUGGAUACAACUAUUUUCUGUCGUUGUGGGUUUUAGGUAAGAGAGAUGGUAGUAAUGUCAAAGACAGCAUAUGUAGGCAGAAACUGGUAGUUUUCACGUCUCUUGAAUGCUAGGUACAUAGCCAACUUUGAACAUCUAACUGCCGAGAAAAUUUACAGAAAUUGGAUAGUCAGUCCAUGUGCCUGCUGCAUCUUCAGCAGCAGUGCGCUUGGGAUGUGAAGGUGAGCACUACCCCAAGACCCAGCAUUGGGAGAAUUAGGAAUGAGCACUCUCUUUCUCAGAUCUUGCCACUCAAGGGUCACAGGAAUGAGGCCACUCAGCUUCCCUCAAAUGGACAGGGAUUCCUUGUUGGCUCCGUGGCUCACAGGAAUUAAGAAGCCGGGAUUUCUUUUCUUUUUAGAUUUGUGUGUGUGUGUGUG